UGCCAACAUAGUCUUCUUCUCAAGUCUUGAUUUUUCAUUUUAAGAAAUGAAAAGCUCCGGAGACCGAUCUCUCGAAGAAACCUCCACAUGCGUUGCGGUCGUAUGUGCAGUGUUUGUUGUUAUAUCCAUCGGUAUAGAACACUUGAUCGAGUCCUUUGAAAAGUGGUUUAAGAAGCGAGAGAAGCUUGAAAAGAUCAAAGCAGAACUAAUGUUGCUCGGGUUUAUAUCGUUACUUCUGACCGUGGGCACGUCAUAUGUGGCAAAAAUAUGUGUGCCUAAAGACCUCGGAAAUAAAUGGCUCCCGUGCGACAAAGAGGAUACAGACGACCACGACAACAACGGCGAUGAACGGAAAAAUGAGCAUAGAAGGUUGCUUUCAUAUGGUGAAGAGAUGGUGUGGCUUAGAGCUUUGGCCUCUGGGACUGAUCAGUAUGAUUAUUGUGCCAAUAAAGGGAAAGUGUCGUUGAUAUCGUAUUCUGGGAUUCACCAAUUGCACAUCUUCGUAUUUGUGCUGGCAGUUAUGCAUGUUCUUUAUAGUGUAAUUCUCAUGGUAUUAGGCCAUGCCAAAAUGAAGAAGUGGAAGAAGUGGGAACUGGAGACAUCGUCUACGGACUACCAAUUUAACAACGAUCCUGAUAGAUUUAGGUUUGCUCGUCAAACCUCAUUCGUCAGACGUCAUUCAGGAAUCUACAACACUCCCAUUAUCAAAUGGAUUGUAGCAUUUUUCAGGCAAUUUUCUGGAUCAAUAUCAAAAGUUGACUACAUGACCAUUCGCAAUGGAUUUAUUACCGCCCAUUUUGCACCGAAUACCAAAUUUGACUUCCACAAAUAUAUAAAAAGAUCAAUGGAAGACGAUUAUAAAUCGGUCUUGGGUAUAAGCAUUCCCUUAUGGUUCUUUGCAAUUAUGUUUUUAUUCUUCAACGUCUAUAGAUGGCAUACAUUGGCUUGGAUUUCCUUAAUUCCACUCAUAAUAAUUUUAUUAGUUGGGACGAAACUUGAAUUGGUGAUAGUGGAGAUGGCUCAACAAAUCCAAGAUCGAACAACUGUAGUGAGAGGAGCUCCACUUGUGGAGCCAAGUAACAACUUCUUUUGGUUUAAUCGCCCACAGUGGAUACUCUUUCUCAUACACUUUACCUUAUUUAAGAAUGCAUAUCAAAUGGCCUACUUCUUAUGGAAGUGGUACGAAUUUGGAAUUACGACGUGCUUCCACGAGGCCAUUUUUGUAAUUUUGAUUAGAGUUUUCUUAGGGUUAGGGCUUCAAAUAGUGAGCAGCUACAUCACAUUCCCACUCUACACCUUGGUCACACAGAUGGGAUCAAACAUGAAGACGUCGAUAUUCGAAGAGCAAACAUCAAAGGCUCUGAAGAAAUGGCACCAAGCCGCGAAGCAACGAAACAAACAACGGAAAGAUAAUGCUUCUGUCACCAUGAGUGGGAAUUCUACCCCUGUUCAUGGCUCAUCGCCAAUUCAUCUGCUACACAACUAUAAAAUUAGGUCUAAUGCACCCGACGAGGUUUCUGACACUGAGCUCUCCGAAAUCGACACUUCCAAACACACCACUCUCCCACCUCCGCAAUCUCAUAAUAUCGAUUUUUCAUUUGGCAAUUCAUCUCAACAUAAUUGA